AUGAUCAUCGACAGAAUUAUCGAGAACGGUUUGAGUCUUGUGAAUCCAGGGACUGCUGAGACGAGCCCGGUGUAUUUGGGGUCUUUUUACCAGGAUACCUCACCUGCAACGGAGCUCAACAUCUCUCUCUGUGCGCCAAACGAUUUGGAUGGCUGGGGCAAAAUUGGGAGCCCGACUCCGUCAACAGAAGACAGCGGCACAAACGGUAAAAUAAAAUAAAACCCUUACUUUUAGAAAUUAAUAUACAUAUUUGUAAUUGUUGUUAAAAACUUUUCCUCUAAGCAAGCUAUUGUGUUAAGAAUGAUAGCGAGGGUACUUUAUAUUAUCAGAUAAUAAUUAAUGAAGUUACUUCCUUAUUAGCCUACUCCUGGAACACCGAAAAGAACACUGCAUUAGUGACACGGAGUUUAGGAUUAGUGAUCAUGGGUAGACCCAAAAUCAUAUUUAGACCUAUAAUAGCACUGUGCAAUGGAAGAACAAGAUAGAUUUGAUAAAUUGUGCUAUUUGAACGGCAGAGGCAAACAAACAGUUACGGUCAUUUGGUGAAUGUUGUAGAUUACAGUGUGAAUUUGACAGUGGUGUAAAGUACUUAAGUGAAAAUACUUUAAAGUACUACUUAUGUAGUUUUGGGGGGUAUCUGUACUUUACUAUUUAUAUUUUUGACAACUUUUACUUUUACUUCACUACAUUCCUAAAGAAAAUAAUGUACUUUUUACUCCAUACAUUUUCCCUGACACCCAAAAGUACUGUUACAUUUUGAAUGGCUAGCAGGACAGGAAAAUGGUCACGUUCAUGCACUUAUCAAGAGAACAUCCCUGGUAAUCUUGAUUGCCUCUGAUCUGGCAGACUCACUAAACACAAAUGCUUUGUUUGUAAAUGAUGUCUGAGUGUUGGAGUGUGUAAAUAAUAAAAAACUAGAAAAUGGUGCCGUCUGGUUUGCUUAAUAUAGGGAAUUUGAAAUUAUUUAUACUUUUACUUUCAAUAAUUAAGUAUAUUUUAGCAAUUACAUGUACGUUUGUGCUUGAACUUGGCAGGCAGAGUUCCCAGGAACUGUAUUCAUGUAUCCUAACACUAUAGAUAUAUCAUACAGCAAGGGCUUUUUGCAAAUGAAAAUUUUAUGUAUUGCUGAGUGCACCUUUAACAACAACUUCAACGCAACCACUUUUGCCUAAAUACCAAAUUAAUCAAAAGGAGUGUUUAUUUCAAACUUGCCUUGGGAUCAAAGAUUCUCAUUGAUGGUAUUUAUACCUGUUUCAGAGUGUUCCAUGAGUGAGGUGCGGUCUUUUGGACGUUUCCAAGGUGUGCGGGUGAAGAAUACAGUGAAAGAACUCAUCAUGCAGAAGCGCCUUAGCAACCAAAAUGUACAGGUCAAUGAAAUGAUUUAUGUUAUGUUAUUGUUCUGCUAACUUGUGUAAAUAUUAUGGUUAUAAAAUCUUACAUAUUGUCAUAUUACAUAUUUAGCUUACAUCUGUCCAUAUUCUCAUGAUCUCUGUUUUUCUUAAUGUCCAGCAACACUCUGAGGGAGAAUACACAGGUAAUAUUACAAUUUUAUCGACACACAUUUCCCAGAAACACUGUACAUACAGUACAUUAUAAUAUGAUGUGCAAAUGUUUUUUUUUUGUUCGUUAUCAUGUAGAAUUGACCUUCCUUCUCCAAGGGCAUAAGAGGACUGCAGACUUCAGCUUGAUAACCGAUUCACCUACUAAAAGACUUGCUACUGCAAAGGCAAUCCAGGUAAUUGUAUGAUUUUGGUUAUAAUGCUAUUUUAAUUGAAUCCCCUUGAACUUUCCCCACGAUUCUUUGUGUUCAGGCUAGUGGUGAUUUCAUGGACCCAGGCUAAAUAAAUCCAGGGAAAUUCCUCUGGUUUAGCUAAUGAAGAACUAGUGAAAACCACAAAGUCUCUUGCAUGUCAUGUUGUUAUAGCUACAAACUAUAUUGGGUGAUAUGGCCGACCACUUCAAUCCAUAACCCAGUUCCAUUUCUCCUUUUCUGUGUAGUCUGAUGUCACUUCACUUGCUCAGUUACCCUCCGGGUAAACCCCAUUGAGACUCGGGAGUUACCGCCUCCACCCUGAGGGCCAUUCCAGAACUCAAAAUGAGGAAUGGAGUUUGGCAAUGUCAUCAUGCAUAUAGAUGAUUAUGUUUUGCAUGUGUGUCUCAUGUAGAGUCUGCUGUUUUGGAGGGAACUUAACUACAAAUAUUAGUCUUCCUUAUUGUUCACCUUUCAUGAAAGGAAAUGUACUUAAAGACAAUCCCAAUCAGCAGUUGAAACAAUAACAAAUCGUUCUAAAACACUGAGGGAUGGGGCUGGAGAAAUAUAACCACUGUCAAAUUCAUAGACAGAGCUAUGGAUGUAAGGACUGACCAUCCAUGAUAUCAACGUUAUAGUUUAACCAUGUUUUGAGGCUAUAUAGUGUUUGUUUACAUUUAGUUUGUUUACAAACAUUGGAAUAAAACAAACUUUUAUUUUGGGUUCUGAUGGAGUGUGACAGUUGAACUAAGCUCAUGAGGCAUUUAUAAGUUAUAUUCUUCAAGUAUCAAUGGGUACACACCAUUCAUUUAUAAGUCCAAAAACGGAUGUAUCAACUGCAGAUGACCCGUUUUAAGUAUGUAUCAUCCACUUCUCUUUCAGACUUUGAGCCCUCCAGAGGGAAGCACACUGGACAUUGACUUCAUGGACCUUGGAUAUGAGUCCAUGAAAUCAGAGACCUCCUUACAAGAGACCAUCCCUGACCCCUUCAGCCUCAUCGACUGUCAGUCCCUCUACCCUCAAAAUCACCUGCCACAUGCUCCACAUGCAAUGGGAAACUCCUAUGUCUCCCAGCCUUUCAUAGCCCCGCUAACCCCAAGGGGGGUUUGGCCAUUGGCUCAGUUUGCUGAAGGGGAGCCGAUGACCUUCUUUCAAUGGCAGAUACAACAGGAAGAGGAGAAGUUGGCAGGGCUCAACCCCCAGAUGCUCACAAGCCAGGAUAGUGAUGGAGACACGUCAGUUUGUGUAGUAUUCAUCAACCCGUUGUAUACAUUUGCCUUUUAUAGAUCUAAGCAACUAUGCAUACUCAACUCAGUUAUCUUUCUAACCCAGUGGCCUCCCACUCUGGUCCUGGGGAGGUACGGGUAUGCAGGGUUUUGUUCCAGCCUAGCACAGUGUUUGAACAUAAACCUGCCACACCCUGUAGCUCUCUAGGAACAGGAAUGUUAGUGACCACUGUUCUAAUCCAUCAUGUGACCUAUGCUUGCCAGAAAUGUACACUCUUAGAAAAAAAGGUGCUAUCUAGAACCUAAAAGGGGUCUUUGGCUGUCCCCAUAUGACAACCCUUUGAAGAACCCUUUCAGGUUCCAUAUAGAACCAUUUUGGUUCCAAGUAGAACCAUUUUGGGUUCCAUGUAGAACCCUUACCACAGAGGGUUCUACAUGGAACCCAAAAGGGUUCUAUAUGGAACCAGAAAGGGUUUUACCUGGAACCUAAAAGGGUUCUCCUAUGGGGAGAGCCAAAGAACCCUUUUCGAACCCUUUUAUCUUAGUGUAGAUUGUUUUAUCUCUGCGUUGCCAGAUUCUUACACAUAGCUGUGGCACAGGGCAGAAGGGCUCUAGCUUUUGUGCUGGCCAGCAAGAUGGCUAACGUCGGCAUGCUGGAUAUGAAGGAGCACAAUGGCCAGGUAAGGAAUUACAUCCUCACGCCCAAUUCUAAAUGGACACCUAGCCCCAGAGACUUCUGCUACACACACACACUAGUGCCUAGUAGCUAGUGGCUCUGGGUUGAUUUGGAAUUGGGCACAAGGGUGCAAUAAUCACAGUUGUAAUCAUAUCAUCUGAAAAGGAGGAUUUUCGACAUUUGAUCUUUCUUGUCUUUUUUUUGUUUUGUACCCAGAGUGCCCUUCAGUUGAGCGUUGCAGCCAAUCAACAUCUGAUAGUGCAGGACCUGUUGGCCCAGGGGGCUCAGAUCAACACCGCUGACUGCUGGGGCCGCUCCCCUCUGCAUGUGUGUGCAGAGAAGGGCCACGCGCUCACUCUCCAGGUCAGCCCUUUGACUUUCCCACUGUGGCACAUACUAAGAGUGUGAUGUGAUGUGAAUAGGGCUCUGUAUUUUAUCUGACCACGUGAUGUUCUAGCCUUGUAACUUGUAUUGCACACCUUAUCUUUGAGGCAUCACUGCAGGCAGUCAACCUUAGCAGUUAGAUAGUUAAGUCAGGGAAGUGUCAUGCCCAUAGACCAGUGUAGGCAACACAGUGACUAAGGUCUGGUUUCAGUGAUGGAGUGUUUUGGCAUAGAGGAACUACGUCACUGCCUACGUCACCACUUUAUCAGCCUGAAUAAAAUUCUUAAAUAGUAGCUAGCAAGAUGGAGAUCACGGAGGUCAUUUUUAAUGAGUGCAUUUCGCAAGUGGCUAGUUUGCAUCAACUACCUUAACUAAAACCACUGCAAAAGUUUUGCCUGCAUACUUUGGUUUUGAAUCAUGAUGUUAUGGCAUGUCUCCCUCGUGAUUUGUGGGGCGAGUCCCCAGAGGUAUUUUUGCCCUUAUCAACGUAGGCAGUGGCCUAGUUCCUCAAUGCCAAAAGAGUCCGUCAUUGAAACCACACACUAGUCACUGUGUUGCCGAGGGUCGGGUUUUCCAGACUAAAGUGAGCAUACCUCAUCACACAGAGACUAUGGUUUGAAAGGUCUGAAGAAAGGUCUGAAAACAUGAUGAUUGUUGAACACAAUCUCUGUUUCUCUUAUUAUUAUUAUUAUUAUUAUUAUUAUUAUUAUUAUUAUUAUACACAAGGCUUGAUGACUUUAAUCAAUGUCUUGGCGCUAGAGGAAGGAAAUAGUUGUUGUCAGGGAAACACUGAGCUGUAGGGGGGUGUGUGUGUGUUCUCUAUUUUAAUAACACUGGUUGCCAAUCACAGCAAACAAACUCUAACGUUUUUACCAGGAGCCUUGUGUUUGUUAAUGUAUUAAUAGUGCCUUGCAAUAUCUUCCAUUCUCCACUAUGGGAUCAGAGAGUUGUUUCCUCACUCUGAAGAAAUAAGUCACUAAAAAAGGCUAGGUUUAUGAUUGCCCUGAAUAAUGAUCAGUUUAUGACUUCAACAGAUGACUUGAACAUAGUCUAAUCUGAUACAGUAUGUUAUCUGGACUGUGCAACCUUGGUUUUCAGGCUGUUUUACCCCCGCAAAGUUUCAAGAAGUAAAACCACAGGUUGGUUGUCAAUGGUCGAUUGUUUUAGACUUACAGUAUAUGUUAAUAAGGCAGGAUGGUUUUGCGCCCCUGCACACCAAAUAUAGAGUGGUUAUGCAAAACACUAUAGGGAACUCUGGUGCCGUGUGCACCAUCUGAACAGAUCUGUCAGCAACUUUGUGAUGCCAUUUUGAUAAGAAUCUAUGCAAAUUUGGCUAAUGACUCAAUGAAUGGAUUUAUAGGUUUCACUGAAACUUUACCACCUUGAUUAUCUGUGAUAAACUGUCUGCCAUUUUCAGUCUUUAUCUUUUAGUUGGAAGUUUGGCCCACUGUGUUUAGGACGUUCCUCCUGAAUGUUUUCCUGUGUCCCAUGGCGACAGUUGUUCUGUAUCGGGUUAGAUCUCAGGCAGUGACUUCCUCAUCACCUCAUAACAGAUAUCUAGGACAGACAGCCAAUCAUAGAGCAUUUCCUCAAAACAACACUGGGAAAAAAAAUCCCCCUUUCUUUGAAAAACUGGUUUAACAACAGAUGUGCUUCUGAUAAGAGGUCAUGGCAAAUGCACUCCCAGCCCAUCAAACAUUAACCGUCAACAGAACAUGACACGCUAAAGCUCCCAAUCAUUAACAACUGUUAAUCUGUUACUCAUCUGGUCCUGGCUGACUCUCACAACAGUUCUUGUUGUCGGAUACUAAUGCAUUAAGGAAGAACAGGAGCUGCUGAUAAAUGGCUGGCAUCUAGUUAGCUCUUUUAGAUCUCUAGAACUACACAUUGACACUGUCGUCGUUAGCGAGGACGUUUUACUCUGACUAGUUAAUUCCACAGUUGUACCUUAGCACAAGUGUGUGUUUCAAUUGAAAUGAAAAGUUAUUCCUGUUAUACCCAUUUGCCCUUUAUCCCUCUGUUGAACAUUUUCCUUCACACACUCUCUCUUUCCGUAGACCAUCCGAAGAGCUCUGAAGGGUAAAGGUCAGGAGCUUAAUGUGGAAGAAGUCAACUAUGAUGGUGAGUCAGGGUUGCUCAGAUCUAUGACCUGUCAGAGUUGCUCAGAAUCUGCUAUAUAAUAGAACAGGCGAGGCAACCUGUGACUCAACCCAAGGCUGAGUCACAAACUACGACAGUCAACAUUAUUUAACCGUCAUAAUGGCAAAAUAAAUACUACCUCCCCAAUGCCCCGUUCUGCUUUUCUCCAGGCCUAACACCUCUUCAGACAGCGGUCCUGUCUCACAAUGCUGUUGUCCAGGAGUUGGGUCGUAUGGCGGCGACCCCCCAGUCCCCUGGGGUGGUGGAGUUGAUGCAGAGAAGGAAGCUACUGCGGGAGUGUGUCAACACACUGCUGCUCAUGGGAGCCUCCUGUGCAACUAAGGUGAGUUUGAAAAGCCUUGUCCCAGAUCUGUUUGCUGCCUUGCCAACUCCAACCUAGCCAACUCCUAUGGUCUUUGGAGUUGGCAAGGCAUCAUAAACAGAUCUGGAACCAGGCUAGAGGUUGAGCGUCUUUCAUUUAUCAUUUUUGCGUAUCAUUCUUUGGCAGCGUAGCCCAUUCCAUACAGUCUGAUACAGCUCAGUGUUUGACUGUACCUGUGUCUUUUUCCAACAGGAUCAUAAAAGUGGUCGCACCUCCCUGCACAUGGCUUCUCAGGAGGCCAAUGUGGAGCUCUUACGCAUCUUCCUCGAACAGCCAGACUCUCUUUCUAUUGUCAAUGUCAAGGUGAGAUACUGCUUCAGUACCUAAUGUCAAGGUGAGAUACUGCUACAGUACCUAAUGUCAAGGUGAGAUACUGCUACAGUACCUAAUGUCAAGGUGAGAUACUGUUACAGUACCUAAUGUCAAGGUGAGAUACUGCUACAGUACCUAAUGUCAAGGUGAGAUACUGCUACAGUACCUAAUGUCAAGGUGAGAUACUGCUACAGUACCUAAUGUCAAGGUGAGAUACUGCUACAGUACCUAAUGUCAAGGUGAGAUACUGCUACAGUACCUAAUGUCAAGGUGAGAAACUGCUACAGUAACCUAAUGUCAAGGUGAGAUACUGCUACAGUACCUAAUGUCAAGGUGAGAUACUGCUACAGUACCUAAUGUCAAGGUGAGAUACAGCUACAGUACCUAAUGUCAAGGUGAGAUACUGCUACAGUACCUAAUGUCAAGGUGAGAUACUGCUACAGUACCUAAUGUCAAGGUGAGAUACUGUUACAGUACCUAAUGUCAAGGUGAGAUACUGCUACAGUACCUAAUGUCAAGGUGAGAUACUGCUACAGUACCUAAUGUCAAGGUGAGAUACAGCUACAGUACCUAAUGUCAAGGUGAGAUACAGCUACAGUACCUAAUGUCAAGGUGAGAUACUGCUACAGUACCUAAUGUCAAGGUGAGAUACUGCUACAGUACCUAAUGUCAAGGUGAGAUACUGCUACAGUACCUAAUGUCAAGGUGAGAAACUGCUACAGUACCUAAUGUCAAGGUGAGAUACUGCUACAGUACCUAAUGUCAAGGUGAGAUACUGCUACAGUACCUAAUGUCAAGGUGAGAUACAGCUACAGUACCUAAUGUCAAGGUGAGAUACUGCUACAGUACCUAAUGUCAAGGUGAGAUACUGCUACAGUACCUAAUGUCAAGGUGAGAUACUGUUACAGUACCUAAUGUCAAGGUGAGAUACUGCUACAGUACCUAAUGUCAAGGUGAGAUACUGCUACAGUACCUAAUGUCAAGGUGAGAUACAGCUACAGGACCUAAUGUCAAGGUGAGAUACAGCUACAGUACCUAAUGUCAAGGUGAGAUACUGCUACAGUACCUAAUGUCAAGGUGAGAUACAGCUACAGUACCUAAUGUCAAGGUGAGAUACUGCUACAGUACCUAAUGUCAAGGUGAGGUCUCGCCUCUCUGGAAAACAAACUUAUAUGAUAACCAAUCAGCGUGCUGGCUCAAAUUCUGAGUUGACAAACAAAGUGUUUUCAUUGUUCUUGGUCAUCAGGAGGUAAGUUAACUAAACCCUCUAACAUGAGUUCUGUCUCAACCAGGCAUUCAGUGGAAACACAGCACUGCACUUUGCCAGUUCUGUGCAUGGUCGGGUGACUCAGGUGGAUGCUGUGAAGCUGCUGAUGAGGAGAGGGGCCGACCCCAGCUACAAGAACCUGGAGAAUGAGCAGCCUGCCCAGCUGGUGCCUGAAGGGCCCGUCGGAGACCAGGUGAAUAAUGCCCCAAAAGGGUUAUUCGGCUGUCCCCAUAGGAGAACCCUUUUUGGUUCCAGACAGAACCCUUUUGGGUUCCAUGUAGAACCCUCUGUAGAAAGGGCUCUACAUGGAACCCAAAAGGGUUCUACCUGGAACCAAAAAGGGUUCUUCAAAGGGUUCUCCUAUGGGGACAGCCGAAGAACCCUUUUAGGUUCUAGAUAGCACCCUUUUUUCUAAGAGUGUAGUGUAAGCACAUCCAGGAACUUGCAGGUGCAGGGUACAAAAAGUACAGCAUGAUUCUACAUUAUAAAAAAUAAAAUGAUGCCAUUGCCUGGAAAUAAUAUAAGAUACCAGCACACGGUUGAACCCUCCCGCUGUGUGAGCAUUUAAGUGUUCUGGUAUCUAUCUUUCAGGUGAAUAUUCCCAUGUCAUUGUUUUAUUAUAAUGUAAUCAUUCUUUAACGAGGCAAGUCGAUUGAGAACCUUUUGUCACUUACUAUUAAGGCCUGGUUAAUACGCAAACACAGAGACACAGUAAAAACAGAACAUGAAGAAUACACAAGAGUUCAAGUGUUAGACUGGCAGACAUUCAACACACACACACACACACACACACGCUUCAACAAGAUGGGACUGUUUUGCAAUAAUGUACCUCUGAUUGAUUGUUUCCCUUAGGUGCUGCGUAUCCUGAAGGGGAAAGGCUACCAGGCCCAGUCUGCUGCCCAGUAGGGUGCAGGAUGGGAUCUACUGUCCAGAAACACUGUCAGUCAGACAGUCCAUUCUAUGUAGAAAUCAUUUGCCAUCGUAUGUAUGGCAGAUGUCAGUUGUUUCAAUGAAACAGUGAAUGUUGUUCGCUACAGUGUAGUGUAUUUUGAGGUAACCAUGUUAUCUUCUACCUUAAAGGGGCAAUCUGCAGUU